AUGCCACCUCACAAAGAAAAUAGGAAUAUGAGAUAUACCGCGACUUCUGCAACCUUGAGUCGGGUAGAGCCCGUGUUAACGGCUCUACCAGAGGCCUCACCUAAAAGGACUGGCUUGUCACACGAGCGCCAGCAGCAGCCCGCAAGCCCUGAAAAGAAGGAGCGACGUCGGAAGCAAGUUCGCCUAGCGCAACGGGCAUACCGGGCGCGGAAUGAGGCCAAUACCACAGCACUUAAACAACGUAUUGCCCGACUAGAGUCAGCUCUAGAACGACAGAGCAAGGCGGUUGUUCUCUUUAGCAAUUUCCUGGCCGAAGAAGGGGCUCUUAUCUCCCGCCCGCACGUUGCGGAUCGUCUUCGCGAAACGGUGAAAAUAUGCUUGGAUUCGGCCUUGUACGGGGAAGAGUCUGACGAGGAUAUUGGCAACCUGCAACCAAAGAACACAUCUUCGAGGAUACAAAUGCCGAUAAAUAAGCCACCCUCACCCAUGGACGGUCCUGGGUAUUCUCAUCCGGAUAUUGAUUUGACCUGGCCAAGCGAAUGGCCUCGCAACCGACUCUUGCCGUUUAAGCUAGACGGCACGGGGAUAGUUGAAGCGCCAGUCUUUGUGCAGCACCUCAGAAUAAUAUGUCUCUAUCAAGGAUUCUUGGUGCUUAAAAACCAGUCUGUGCCUCUCAAUGCGUUAAAGCGGCCGUUUCGAUUGCUUUUAUCCCUUGUCACGAGGGAAACCAUCACGUCAUUCUUCUAUACUUGUCUCUAUGCCAGGCUGAACAAUGCCCAGCCCGACAGGUGGAACGAGAUUCCGUUCUUUAAACUUGGAGGCGCCGGUACACACUAUCCUGAGGCGUUAUCGUCAAGCCAGAGUGAGACAGAGACGCGAGUACCAGAGCAACAACACUUUCCUUUAGAAAAUCAUGCUCUAUCGGCUUUUUCACCCGAGGCUCAAGAAGAGCUUGACGGGGAUUGGUUUGACAUUUGGGACUUGGCAGGUUACCUGCAAUCAGAGAGAAUCUCUCUUUCGACAGCACCACCAACUGAGAAUACCACAUAUCGGAAGGUGAAUGCACUAGACUUUACAGCAGGUAAGGCUCGACGAUCCUAG